AGAGCCAAUGCAUGUGCGUGUGUAUGUUUUGAGCGUGGAAGCAGUACGUCGCUAGUGGGGGGAUGUGUGGCAACUUGAGAGUUCUCUAGCUAAGUUUCUGUGGCAGAGGACUGCAGCCGCCAUAUCUUCAAGGAAAAGUGUCACCUUUAUUCGUUUUGUAUGCUGCUUGCGGUACACCGGAACGUGGUGUUUCGUGAAUAUAGAGAUUGUUCCAGAUAACUAUGCUAACGUUAACGCGCAGACCGCACUCUAGCCUGAUUUUUUUACAGAAAGGGGCGUGUUCUUGCUCUCUUGACUGAAAGCCCCGCUCUACCCGUACUAACUACAGCACAUCUGAGGCUGAAAAAAUUACCUCCCUUGCUACAAACCAGGGUCCCUACAUUCUCGCCGUUCUGCUGAGCGAACCAUGCCCUUCCAAAUGGCCGGAGACACUUGAUUCUGUCGAAAAACGUUUGUUCGAAGACACAAUGGAGGACUGAACCGCAGAGGACAUUUUCGCAACGAAAUUUACCGGCUUUUCGGCCGAGGCGAAGCUAGCUUGGUAGCUAGCUAGCCACCAAAAACCUGGGCUCCACAAGCGGCCGGUUUCCGAGCUGCCAUUUAAAACGAUAAGGGGUGGGACGAGGCGGCCUGUGUAAGGGGGGGCCCAUGAGGAAGCCUCGGAGGAGGGGGCGCCAGGCAGGGGGCAGCCCUAGUGUUGGGGGCGUUGCAGCAGGGGGGAGGGGUGCGGCCGGGCGAGGGGGCAGUGGGAUCCACCAGCGCUCCCCUUCCCCCUACAGCCUGAAGGUGUCCCCGGCCCGAGAGACCCUGACCUACGCCCAGGCCCAGAAGAUGGUGGAGGUGGACCUGGACGGGCGGCUCCACCGGAUCAGCAUCUUCGACCCGCUGACGGUCAUCACCGAGGAUGAGAUGACCGCCCAGGACAUCGCCGAGUGCAACUCCAACAAGGAGAACAGCGAGCAGCCGCUUUUCGCCAGCAGUGCCAAACUGGGCCGCAAGAUGCCCGCGGCCAAGGGCAGGAGGAAGGACGCCAAGCAUUCCUCCUCCUCCUCCUCCUCGUCCUCGCAGAACAAUCACCCCAACUCCCAUCAGCAGUGCAAAUCCCAGCCCAACUCCUCCCACCACCCCCUCCACCACGGGCCCCUCCCCAAGCCCUCCUUCCGCAUCCUGGACUCCUUCUCCCCCACCGACGCUCCGCCCCUCCCCGCCGCGUAUUACCGCUACAUGGAGAAGUCUGCCGAGGAGCUGGACACGGAGGCGGAGUACGACAUGGACGAGGAGGACCUGGCCUGGCUGGAGAUGGUGAACGAGAAGCGGGCGUCGGACGGCCAGUCGUCCGUCUCGCCCGACACCUUCGAGCUGCUCAUGGACCGGCUGGAGAAGGAGUCGUACCUGGAGUCCCGGAGCCAGGCGCCCUCGCAGAGCGCCAUCGACGAGGACGCCUUCUGCUGCGUCUGCCUGGACGACGAGUGCCUGAACAGCAACGUCAUCCUCUUCUGCGACAUCUGCAACCUGGCCGUGCACCAGGAGUGCUACGGCGUGCCCUACAUCCCCGAGGGCCAGUGGCUCUGCCGCUGCUGCCUCCAGUCGCCCUCCCGCCCCGUGGACUGCGUGCUCUGCCCCAACCGGGGGGGCGCCUUCAAGCAGACCAGCGACGGCCGCUGGGCGCACGUGGUGUGCGCCAUCUGGAUCCCCGAGGUCUGCUUCGCCAACACGGUCUUCCUGGAGCCCGUGGAGGGGGUGGACAACAUCCCGCCCGCCCGCUGGAAGCUGACUUGCUACCUGUGCAAGCAGAAGGGCCGGGGGGCGUCCAUCCAGUGCCACAAGGCCAACUGCUACACGGCCUUCCACGUGACCUGCGCGCAGCGCGCCGGGCUCUUCAUGAAGAUCGACCCCGUCCGCGAGACCAACGUCAACGGGACCACCUUCUCCGUGAAGAAGACGGCGUUCUGCGACGCGCACUCGCCCCCGGGGGAGGACGCGCGGGCGGGGUCGGACGAUGAGGAGACCGGGGGCAGGGUGGUGGGGGGCCGGGGGAACCGGGGCAGCAGCGCGUACACCCAGAGUCCCGCCGUGCACACGAACAGGCGGGGGGGGAAGAAGGGCUCCAAGCUGCUGAAGAAGAAGGUGAAGAAGAGCCUGGAGGUGGCGUCGCGCCGAGCGGCCAUGCCCCUGGUCACCGUGCCACAGAUCCCCGCACACAGGUUGAACAAAAUUUGCAAAGGGGUGCUCGUUCAGAGGAAGAACCAGUUCAUGCAGCGGCUUCACAAUUACUGGCUGCUGAAGCGUCAGUCUCGCAACGGCGUGCCACUGAUCCGCCGCCUGCACUCGCACCUGCAGGCCCAGAGGACCGCAGAGCAGAGGGAACCAGACGAGAAGGUAUGCGCCGUCAGGGAGGAGCUGAAGUACUGGCAGAAGCUGCGGCACGACCUGGAGAGAGCCCGGCUACUGGUGGAGCUGAUCCGCAAGCGGGAGAAACUGAAGAGGGAGCAGGUGAAGGCCCACCAGGCUGCCCUGGAGAUGCAGCUCACCCCAUCCCUGGUGCUCCUGCGCUCCACGCUCGACCAGCUGCAGGAGAAGGACCCCGCACAGAUCUUCGCCCAGCCCGUCAGCCUUAAGGAGGUUCCGGACUACCUGGAGUUCGUGACGCAGCCCAUGGACUUCUCCACCAUGCGGUCCAAGGUGGACGCGCACAGAUACAGCUCGCUGGGGGAGCUGGAGGGCGACUUCAACCUGAUGGUGGCCAACUGCCUGCGCUACAACGGCCGGGACACGGUCUUCCACCGAGCCGCCGUGCGCUUGCGCGACCUAGGGGGCGCCAUCCUGCGGCACGCGCACCGCCAGGCCCACAGCAGCGGCCUGGACCCCGCGACCGGCAUGCUCCUGCCCGACUCGCCGCACAAAAACGACUACUACCGCUGCUCCUGGGAGGACGUGGACAGCCUCCUGGUCCCGGAGAACCGGCUGCACCUGUCCCUGGAGGCCCAGCUGAAGGAGCUGCUGGACAAGCUGGACAUGGUGACGUCCAUGCGCUCGAGCGGGGCUCGAACCCGGCGCAUCCGUCUGCUCCGCCGCGAGAUCAACACCCUGCGGCACCGGCUGGGCCAGCAGCAACAGCGCCACCUGCUGCAGCUCAACGGCGCCGUCAAGGAGGAGGACGAGGAGGAGGAGGAGGAGGAGGAGGAGGGGGGGGAGGAGAGGGAGGAGGGCGGGGGCGGCGACGCUCACGACCACUCCCGCGUCUCCACCGCCACGCCGGAGAACGACGACAUGAAAUCCACCCCUCCACCAACGCUCGAACCCACAAGCCCUGCCCUGUCCCACCCCCAGGGCGAGCCCCCCCAGGACCCCCCCACGCUGCGGCCCGUGACGGGGGAGCCCCGCACGCCCGGCCGCUCGCACAAGCGGCAGAGACCGGACGCUGAGGCCGGGGGCUCCGGCGCGGGGAGCGACCUCAGCCCCGGAGCGGCAGAGGAGGGCACGCCGCGCUCCCCCGCCGAGGGCCGGCUGGUCAACGGGGUCUCCUCCCCCGACACGCCCCGCACGCCGCCCGCCGUGGGCGUGGGCCGCCGCACCUCCGUCCUGUUCAAGAAGGCCAAAAACGGGGCCAAGCUGCUGAAGGGCAAGGAGAGCCCCCUGCAGAACGGGGCCGCGGGCGCCGAGGGCCCCCCCUCCGCCUCCCCCGUGCCCAACUCCUCCCCGAACGCUUCCGCUGUCACCCCCACCAAGCCCGCCCUGCCCACCCCGCCACGCGCCUCGCCCCCCACCCCCCGGCCGCGGCCCCGAAGCCUCAGCGCCAGCUCGGAGAGCGAGGGGGAGAAGUCACCUCGCCCCGCCCGGGAGGGAGGCCUGACUAAUGGAUUCAGGAAGCACAGAGACAGCUGCUCGGACUCAGAGUGCAGCCCCUCCCCCACCUUCCGCAAGGACAGCGCCUCACCUCCCAAACGUGGCCGGGGCAAGCCUGCACUUUCUAAAGUCCCGUUCCUGGACGGGGUGAAUGGCGACUCGGACUACACGGGGUCAGGCAGCAGCCUCCUCAUGCCCUUUGAGAACGGGGCGGAGCUGGAGCCCCUGGACCUGGUCUGGGCCAAGUGUCGCGGGUACCCAUCCUACCCCGCUCUGAUCAUCGACCCGGACAUGCCCCAGGAGGGGCUGCUGCACAACGGGGUCCCCAUCCCCGUGCCCCCCCAGGACGUGCUCAAACUGGGGGAGCUGAGGCAGGAGGAGGCGGGGGAGAAGCUCUUCCUCGUGCUCUUCUUCGACAACAAGAGGACCUGGCAGUGGCUCCCGCGCACUAAGGUUCUGCCCCUGGGGGUGGACGACACUGCAGACAAGCUGCGCAUGAUGGAGGGCCGUAAGACCAGCAUCCGGAAGUCCGUGCAGGUGGCAUACGACCGCGCCAUGCUGCACCUCAGCCGCGUGCGCGGGGACCACCCCUUCGUCACCUCCAGCUACCUGUAGGGGGCGCUCCGCCCACAACGCCUGCACAGAGCGGGAGGUUUGGCACCCGGCCUUUCCGCCACAUUAACGCAUCUAGAGAGGGUGUUGAGGAGGGGAGGGGAGGCGAGGUGGUGCUGGGCUUCGUAUGGGAGAAGGGUGAAGUCGUACUCUCGGAGGUUCGACUCCAUCGUGCCGGCCUGCCUGAUAGAGGCUGUCCCGCGCCUGUGGGGUCCGUGUGAAUGCGCCCUGAGGUUGGCAGUUGGGAGAGGAGUGGAACCGCAGGAGCGGGAGCGGGUUUCCGAGGGAACGCCUCCGUUUUUUUCAAAGACUACUAUCAAAGACGGGAAUGUUUGGGGGAAGAAUAAAAAAAACAUUCACUUUUUUCAUAUUUAUAUAAAAAAAACGAAAAAAACCGAAAAAAAAAAAACCACAGUACGAAUGGAUCACUGCCAUUUUCUUACAAUAGCUUUUUACUUUUUAAUAUUUUACAACCACUUUCUUGUACAUUUAAAGACACAUUCAUGUAUAUAUGUAUUUCUAUCAUACAGUACCUUUUAAUUUUAUUUCAUUUUUGUUGAAGAUGAAAUGAGUCGCAUACAGGCAGGAAGAGGCACGAGGAUGUACAUACUUGUAAAAUACUCACUAAAUUACUGACUGGCUUAAAGUGUAUUCCGCUUGUCUGUGAUGUCAAUAGUUCUACAAACAGUAUAUUCUCGUUGUUUUUUUGAUAAACAAAAUGUAAUUUAUUUAUGGAAAGCAAAAAAUAAAGAAAUGAAAUGAUAUAUAUUGGUUGACAAUUGAAAGUAAAUCUGUUAUUUAAGAUAAACUAUUAAAAACAAGGACAGGCAGGACUGCGUGACUGUGUGUGCGUAGUGAUAUUGAGGUUUUAUCAGAUUACGCCGUUGGGAGGUGAUUUGUAUUGUUCUCUGGCUGUGAGUCGGUUUCUGAGUCCGCCCUUAAGCACAGAACCUUGUAUUUAUUGUAGAAAGAGUUUACUAGAAUUCUAGACCCUGUUUAUAAGAUGGCGCUCAAGAGAAGUUAAGCUUGUACAAACUGCAGAUUUUAUCUACUUGCCUAUAACCUGUCUGAAUCAAUAUUUUCUCAUGUGGGGAAAUAAAUGUUAUAAGCAAAAUCAA